AUGGCCUCCGAGUCGACGCCGCUCCUCGCGCGCAAGGCUGCGCCCAAGCUCGACGAGGCCGCACAGCGCGCCAAGCGCAAGCUGCAGUGGGCCUGCCUCUUCGCGCUCGCCUUCAUGGUCGCCGAAGUCAUUGGUGGCUUCAUGGCCGGCUCGCUCGCCAUCAUGACGGACGCCGCCCAUUUGCUCUCGGACGUCGCCGGGUUCCUCAUCUCGCUCUUCGCGAUCUGGAUCCAGACGUUCCCCGCGAGCUCCAAGAUGAGCUUUGGCUUCCAUCGCGCUGAGAUUCUUGGCGCCGUCAUCUCGGUGCUCGUCAUUUGGGUGCUCACGGGCUUCCUCGUGUACGCCGCCGUCGAGCGCUUCCAGGAUGCCAUCAGCGACAACCCGAAGGAGCAUGUUGACGGCAAGCUCAUAUUCUUGGCCACUCGCAUUCGCAUGGCGGUCACGGCGGCCAUGGUCACGCACACGGCGGCGAUGACCACGGCCAUGGCCAUGGCGCUAAAUCCGACUCGCAUGGCCACUCGCACUCGCACGACGAUCAUGAUCACGACGGACCACAAGGACCACGACGACGUCGAAGCCGGCCACGGCCACUCGCACGGCCACUCGCACAGCCACGGCCACGGCCACGACGAAGCGCCCAAGAAGAAGAAGCUCGAGAACCUCAACAUCGAAGCCGCGUACAUCCACGCCCUUGGUGACUUUAUCCAAAGCCUUGGCGUCUGCCUCGCCGGCGGUCUCAUCUGGUACGAGCCCAAGUGGCAGGUCGCUGACCCGAUCGCGACGUUCCUCUUCUCGAUCCUCGUCCUCGGCACGACCGUCGGCAUCAUCAAGUCGUCGAUCCACGUGCUCAUGGAGGGCACGCCGGACGGGUACGAACCGGAUAUGAUCCUCGACGGUCUUCUGGCGCUGCCCGCGGUCUCGAACGCCCACGAUCUGCACAUUUGGUCGCUGAGCGCGGGUCUGCCGUCGCUGAGCGUGCACUUGGUGACCGAAGGCAACCCCGAUGAGGCGCUGCACCAGGCGCAGGAGUAUCUGAUCUCCAAGGGCAUCGACCACACGACGAUCCAGGUCGAGCACGCGCUCAAGACGUACCCGCGCGACUGCAGCGACGCCGGCGCGUGCGGUCAAGUCUCGCCCAAGUCGGGUGUUGUCUAGAUAGCGUCGACGACUCGCGGACGAGCCAGCUUCCAUCGCCUAGAUCUCAGAGCCAGCUUCCGUCGCCAAGAUCUCAGUAAUAGACACCCCAUUUUGCUGG